GAAAAGAAAUAAUUCGAAAUGGUCACGCAGAAAACGAGGGACUGAGGAUUGUACCUUCUUUGCUCUGCAAAAACUUAAACGUUGAUUUGACUCAGCGUCAAGGUAAGAUCCAACAUCUCCUCUUCAAUGGCUGCCACUGAUUUCGUUUUCCCUCCACGUUUCUUCAAAGUUUUUGUCUCCCACUUCACCUCAGAUUCCAUGAUGCUCCCAAUUGCCUACUACGGUCAUCUUCCAAGUCGUUUGCACAAAACGGUGAUUCUCCGAGGACCUGGUGGAUGCUCUUGGAAUGUAGCCACAACGAUAAAUGAAAAAGAAGUGCAUUUCUCACAAGGAUGGGCCAAAUUCGUUGAGGAUAACACUCUUAGCGAUGGAGACAUUUUGACCUUUGUGUAUAAUGGAGACCACGUAUUCGAGGUCAGUAUCUAUCGCGGCUACGAUGCAUGUAAAGAGAUUAGCGCAGUCACUGAAGUGGAAGAGGACAAAGAAGACAGUGUUUUUUCUCUGAGCAGUGAAGACAAUGACACUUGUUCUCAAUCUGUGAUGAAGAACACGAUCCCGGAAGGAAGAGACAAAGGAAAGUCAAAAGUGGAAGUUGUGGGGGAUCCUGAUGACGAAGAGGAUAGUGUUUAUUCUGCAAGCGGUGAAGAAACAGAGACAGACACUGAUUCUGAAUUCCAGGUGGCCAAGACAACAAUACCAAAAAGCAAGAAGAAAGGGAAGAAGAAAGAACAGGUUGUGGAGUCUUCUGAUGAAGACAGUGACAGUGACAGUGAUUACAUCGAAACGUUUGGUCAAUUGGAUAUUGAAGAGAAUUCCAACAGUGAGGAGGAUAGUUCUUAUGCUCCAGAUGACGAAGGCACAUCCACUUGUGUCAAACCAAAGGUGGCAAAUGUGAAGAGGAAAGAGGCGGCAAAGAAGAGGAAGAAAGUCGAGCCUAAGAUCAAAAAUCCUGAGACAUAUCUGGAUGAUCCAAAGAAUAUUCAUUUCGAGACAAACGUGAAGAAUAGAUUAUACGAGCUGUUGGUUCAUGCACAACUGGUGAAAGACUAUUGCUUGAAGUUUGGAGACCACGUUUACUACAUCGACAGAAUCGGGAAACUAAAAGCUAAAACAGCAAAAUGGAAGGAUCAGCGUGUGUGUAUCAAAAAAUGGAUGCGCAUAUGCGAUAGGAACGAAUUGAAGAAAGAAGACCGCAUUUUGUGUGAGCUCUUGCGCAAGGGAACUUUUGUGUACGCAAUCAAACUCCACAUCAUCCGCGGAAAAAAUCUGUAGACGCUAUCAGUGUGAGUAGAGCCAGAGGAAGGGAUUUGGCUACUUAUCUUUAUGAUUUCAUCUUGUUGUUAUCAAGCAAACAUCAUUCUCAGCUAAACUUAUGAGUUUCUUUAUUGUCUACUUCAGAUUAAAUGACUUUCUCUCU